UUAAAUUGUUUUGCAAUAUAACAAUUUUUCUAAUUUUGUGUAAAAUGCUUCUGUUUUUUUCAGUAGCUCACUUGGGACUGUGAUGUGCAAUAAUUUGGUGACAAACACGAUUAGUUAUUUUGUUCACUUUCCUCUGAAGAUUACGGUGGCUGAAUUUGGACCAAAAUCAGACAGCUAGGCCGCACGGCGGCCUUUGUUUGUCAAUGGCCAAUUUUUAUUUGCACCAUUGCAAUCAACAGCUGAAGCUAACAAAUAUAUGCUUGAUAGAUGGCUACCCGCUGUCAUAAGAGAAAACUAAAGUAUAUUGACAUUUUUACAAGUCUGUGUGCAGCUUUGUUUGGACUUCAAGCAUACGAUAUCUGCUGGUAAAGGGUUAAAAAUGACUUAUUUUGUAGUACAGGUGCCAUAGCCUUCCUCCCUGUCCAUGGUGCUGAAGUAUGUGCAACUUAUCUCUUCUGUAUCUCCAGCAUUUUCUCUGCUCUCUGUAUUUUAGGAAAAGGUAAUACAUCAUAGUAGUUAAUUUAUUAUCUUUGCUCUGGAAAAUUAAUUUCUGUUAAGCACAUAUCAUGUUUGCAACAACCCAUAUAGUUGGCAUUUUUAUAUGAGCAUACUAACCGUACUUAAAUAUUGGAUUAUCUUCUCAUGUUUUAACAACUGGGUGUCAUGUCAAUAAAGUCACUCUAGGGGUCAGUGUGUGAUCAUGAACAGGAGCUUGUCAGCCACCCGCCCAAACCCAUUUAUGUGGAUGUACAAAAUCCAAAUUUUCGUGUUGUCUCUGGUCUCCACGUCUGAUAAAAUGAAUGCUGUGUAAGACGUUGUCCUAUCAGUGAAGAUCAAAUUCAUCUCGUCUGAUGCCGAAUUUGAAGUGAUGGAUUUUUAGUUUUUUUGACACAAUGGAAAACAAAAGAUUUGCAUCUUACGGCUACGGCCUCGCGUUUCUUUUUUCUCUCCUCCACACCAUUAAUGGAGACGUGAGCUACUCUGUCCCAGAGGAGACGAAACGUGGAUCUGUAAUUGGGAAUAUCGCCAAGGAUUUGGGAAUGGAUUUGGGCCAGUUAUCUUCCCGUAAAGCACGUAUUGAUCCUGAGGAUAACAACGUUCAGCACUGCGGCAUCAACCUCAUCACUGGUGACUUGGUUGUUCAGGAGAGGAUUGACAGAGAAGGGCUUUGUGGCAAAAAGGCUGCGUGUGUUCUUAAACAGGAACUUGUGCUGGAAAACCCAUUAGAGCUACACCGUGUUAAUAUUCGUGUUUUAGAUGUUAAUGAUAAUUCACCACAAUUUAAUGAAGAGUUACUAAAAUUAGAAAUUCGAGAAUCGGCAGACAAGGGUGAACGUUUUCUUCUCGGGGAAGCGCAUGAUGGAGAUAUCGGAGAAAAUGCUGUUCAAAGCUACACUUUACAGCAGAAUGAUCAUUUCAAAUUAAAUGUAAACACUAAACCAGGUGGAAGGAAGUACUGUGAAUUAGUCUUAGACAAAGAAUUAGAUAGAGAAGAUAAAAAAGACAUCAUGCUCUCGCUGACGGCAUAUGAUGGCGGCACUCCUCAGAGAUCAGGUACAGUAGUCAUACACGUCACUGUGCUGGAUGCUAAUGAUAAUGUACCAGUGUUUAGUCAGACUGUUUAUAAAGCCAGUGUGCCUGAAAACUCUCCUCUUGAUACCUUGGUGAUCACAGUGAGUGCAAGUGAUGCAGAUGAAGGCUUAAAUAGUGAAAUUACAUAUGCAUUUGACCAUGUUUCUGAUGACAAUAUUAAUGUAUUUACAUUGCAUCCCAAAAGUGGAGAUGUGAGAGUGGCUGGUGUUGUUGAUUAUGAGAAAAUGUCUUCAUAUGAAAUGCAAAUAAGCGCGAAAGAUGGUCUUGGAUUAGUGUCUUAUUCAACAUUAAUCAUUGAUCUUACUGAUGUAAAUGACAAUGCUCCUGUUAUACUACUAAAGUCGCUGUCUAAUUCAGUACCAGAGAAUGUUUCACCUGGUACUGAGGUGGGCAUCAUUAAUGUGCAGGACAGAGACUCUGAGCAAAAUGGACAGGUCCGCUGCUCGAUUCAACAAAACAUACCCUUUAAGUUAGUUCCUUCUAUCAAAAACUAUUAUUCUUUGGUGACGACUGGACAACUGGACCGUGAACUGGUGUCUGAUUACAACAUUACAAUCAGUGCCACUGAUGAGGGCUCUCCUCCUCUGUCUUCCUCUCAAAGUAUUCACUUAUCUGUAGCAGACAUCAACGACAACCCACCUGUGUUUGAGGAACAGUCGUACAGUGCAUAUGUGAGUGAAAAUAACAAAGCUGGCUCCACUUUAUGUUCCGUUAGUGCUCGAGACCCCGACUGGAGACAAAAUGGUACCGUGAUUUAUUCUCUGCUUGCCGCUGAGGUGAACGGGUCCUCGGUUUCCUCCUAUGUAUCUGUUAAUGGAGAUACGGGGGUGAUCCACGCUGUCAGGCAGUUUGAUUAUGAACACCUGAGAAGUUUUAAAGUCCACGUCAUGGCCAGAGACAACGGUUCUCCUCCUCUGAACAGCAACGUGAGUGUCAGUGUGUUCAUUUCGGAUGUGAACGACAACUCUCCUCAGAUACUGUACCCCUCCUUGGAAGGCAACUCCUUCAUGACCGAGCUGGUCCCCAAAGCUGCACACGGAGGCUCUGUGGUGUCCAAAGUGAUAGCGGUGGAUGCAGACUCCGGACAGAACGCCUGGCUGUCCUAUCAUAUAGUCAAGUCCACUGAUCCGGGACUUUUCACCAUUGGUCUCCACAGUGGAGAGAUCAGGACCCAGCGGGACAUUUCUGAAUCUGACAGCAUGAAACAGAACCUGAUUGUGGCAGUGAAAGAUAACGGACAGCCCCCUCUCUCUGCCACCUGCUCCAUGUAUUUACUUAUUUCUGAUAACUUGGCUGAGGUGCCAGAACUGAAGGACAUUUCUUAUGAUGAGAAGAAUUCCAAACUGACGUCUUAUCUGAUAAUUGCGCUGGUGUCUGUGUCCACCUUCUUUCUGACCUUCAUCAUCAUCGUCCUGGGUGUGAGGUUUUGCCGCAGGAGAAAGCCCAGACUGUUGUUUGAUGGAGCAGUUGCCAUUCCUAGCGCAUAUCUUCCUCCUAAUUACGCAGAUGUUGAUGGCACAGGAACUUUACGCAGCACCUACAACUAUGACGCCUACUUGACAACAGGUUCUAGAACCAGUGACUUUAAGUUUGUGUCUUCUUACAAUGACAACACGCUGCCUGCUGACCAGACUCUGAGGAAAAGUUCUUCUGACUUUGCUGAUGAGCUUCAUGAUUCGUUUGACCCUUUUGAGGUAGGCAACAUCUUCCAAAUUUGAAUGUGAAAAUGUUGUUCUUUCAACAUGAACCAUUUCUAUAAUUAGUUUGUGGUUUACUUCACCAGAUCAACCCUAAAGUUUUCUCUAUAAGAUAUUUACCCCAACUUGACCACUUUCCAAUUACUACCUUAUGAUCAGCUUCAGUGUGAAUUUGUGGUCUGUUAAGAUGUAAGAAGUCCUAUACACUUUGGCAACUGAGAAUAACAUUACUGCACUUUGACCUUUCUGUCAACAUUCUGAAAAUAUUCCCUCAUUCCUUUUUUCAAAGUUGGCUUGUUUCAAGUGUGUGACACCUCAGGGUUCUCGUGACUGUGUUCAUCAAGUUUGCUCUGUCUGUUCAAAACGAAUGUGUGCUCAAUACACUUUUUAUGCACUUUUUUGCCCAUCUUGGUGAAUGUAAAUGUGGCUCCAUCGGCACAUUAAUGCUCAAUUACAUUUUUUAUUGCAUCGUUUUACUCUUCAAUUGGCUUUUAAGGAGAUGUUGGAAAUUUUAUUGUUAGUUUGGGCCUUUAAGUUUGCAAGUUCUUCGUGCACUUCUCAACUGACUGAGAAUAGUUCUGGGUGGUUCAUGGAUAGCAAGCAAAAGUCCUGAAAAACAGCCGAAAAAUACAUAUAAUAAAUCAAAGACUCAGUUGCCUCUGUUUUCAUUGUCGAUGCGUCUCAGUGUAACACGUGAUUGGUAGGUGUUAUGUCCAAGGUGUACCCCAUCUCUCGCCUAUAGUCAGCUGGGGUAAAUGAUUUUUGACCCUGACCAAUUUCAGUAGGAUAUAA